CUAACCACGACGUGAUGGGAGACGCCGUCAGCAUCAUUGCUUACACAGUUCCUGAUCCGGUCUGGGACCUGACGUUGGUUCCCGGGAACAAGCAGCUCACAGCGAAGUGGAACUACUCGGAAACUGCUGAUGUGACAUUCACGGCCGAGGUGUGGAAGGACAAACAAUUCAUUCAAAAAUUCACCACCUUGGAAAACAAGGAGAUUACGUUUGGAGACCUGAAGUCUGCAACCAAUUACACGGUGUAUGUCUAUGCUGUUAGUGGCACGCAUACAGGAGUAAACGUGUCCACCUCAGAGUUCACCUUACCCGCGAGUCCCCAAAACCUCAGAUCACCGUUCAACUCAACAGACAAGAUCACCUUGGAGUGGGACGCUCCUGACGGCAUAACAGAAGCCAUAUACAUUAUUAAUUUUACCAGUAUCUGGAGUCAGAGUUCUAAAGUAGAAGUUAAAGACAUCACCAGCCAUAACUUUACAAACUUGAAAUCAGGAACCAGGUACUUUUUUCAAGUCUACAGCAGAGCUGGAGAGUUUACCAGUUUACCGACAAGCUACAAUGUUUCUACAGGUGAGAACUUUAAUUCUUAAAUCUGAGAUCUUGGAGGUCAUUGUAUAGGCUCUGAGCUUUAUAUGAUAAAUAUUUUCUGAAACUUAAAAAAAAUAUUUUUUUUGUUUAUUGUCUCUUGAAGUACAUCUAUUUUCUAACUGUUUUAUGUUUUAUGAUGAAAAAAAUAAAUUACAGUAUUUUCCAAACUAUAAGGCCUUUUAAAAGCCAAAAGUUUUUUUCAAAAAACAACAGUGGACCUAAAAAUGUGUGGCACCUAUUAAAUGGAAUAGUUAUGGUUGUGUUUGCUGAUAUCAAAGUGAUUUUGAGAGUUACACGACGCGCUCUGUCAAAAUGUCAGACAGUUUUUUUACAAGUUGCAAGCAAGGUUUGGUGUUAUUGUGACUAGGCUUACAAGUAGCAAUAUUAUAGACUUUGUUUUUUAUGUGUUUAGCAUAGUUAUACGAAAGUUCUUUUUUUUUGCACUAUCAGUCUCUUUUUUUACGUGUUCCUACCAAAGUUGAGAGUUAGCUUGAUUACAGUAACGCUUGUCUUAGCGCUAUCAGUCUGACUUUUUACGUGUUAGCAUCGAGAGUUAGCAUAGUUACAAUAACGUUUGUCUUAGCGCAAUCAGUCUGACUUUUUACGUGUUAGCAUCGAGAGUUAGCAUAGUUACAAUAACGUUUGUCUUAGCGCAAUCAGUCUGUUUUUAAGGUGUUACUAGUAAAGUUAAUAGUUAGCGUUCUUACAGCAACAUUUCUUUAAGCACUUUCAGUCUGUUUUUAUCUGUUCCUACUAACAUUGAGAGUUAGCAUAGUUACAGCAACGUUUUUUUUUUUUUUUUAGCUCUAUUUGUCUGUUU